AUGUUGAAUUACAUUAUGCUGGUGUCCCGACAAGGGAAAGUACGUCUCGCAAAGUGGUUCCAAACGUUACCUCCUAAGACAAAGGCAAAGAUCGUAAAAGAUGUGACUCAAUUAGUACUAGCUAGAAGAACAAGGAUGUGCAAUUUCCUGGAAUACAAAGACACCAAAGUCAUCUAUCGGCGAUACGCAUCACUGUUUUUCAUCACUUCUAUUUCACCGGGCGAUAAUGAGUUGAUCACGUUAGAAGUCAUACAUCGGUAUGUAGAGGUUUUAGACAGGUAUUUUGGCAAUGUAUGCGAGUUGGACUUGAUCUUCAACUUCCAAAAGGCGUAUGCAAUUCUAGAUGAACUUAUCAUAGCUGGUGAACUACAAGAAUCAUCCAAGAAAGCAGUACUAAAGAUUGUGGCUCAAUCAGACGCUAUUGAAGAGGCCGAAGUAUCAGAAGACUCGUUAUCUAGAUUAGGUAGCUUAACUAGAUCGUGA